AUGCGUCUCGAUCUCAGCUUCCUCCUCCUUACCGGCCUCGCCGCCUCCGCCAUGGCCCAGCACGUCCAGUUCAUCUCCUACGAGGCUCUGAAGAGGAACACCGUCCCUUGCUCCAGGAGAGUCGCCGGUCAGCCCGACAACUGCCUGAAGCCUGGCACUCCCGCCAACGAGUACACUCGCGGCUGCAGCGUCAUCACCCGCUGCGCUCGUACCGUUGAUUAA